GCAGAUGCUCAACUCAUCGUCCAUACGCCAUACGGUCAACAUGAAGCUCCUCCUGCUCGCGUCCGUGAUUUGCUUCGCGGCUGUUCUGGCAGCACCGGCUGACAAGGAGAAGAGAGAAAUCCUGCCGGGCGAUCCACGUUAUGGAACCGAUCAUCAGCACCACCAUCAUCACCAUCAUGAGAACGAGAAGGACUCGUUCCAGGUACCCAAGCCGACCUAUGGACCGCCCGACCACAAGCCCGGUAGCCUUAUCAACGGCGACUAUUCGGCGUCUGACAACAAGGACUCCAUCCAGGUGCCGUCCACCUCGUACGGAAUACCUGACAACACUCAGCUCAACAACUAUCUUGCUCCCAUUGUCGACGACAAGAAGACAACGCUCCUUAAAGUGACAAUUCCUAAGACCGACGUGCGCUUUAACUCCGACCUGAACAUCGAUUACCAGGCACCGUCCGCCGAAGCGCCCGUCACCUCUUACGGCGUCCCCGACAUCAAGACGAUCCACGAGCAGCCGAAAUAUGAGACCACGCACGUGCACAAGAGCGACAUCGGAGUGCCGCUGGUGAAGGUGACGGCGAAGAUACCCGAGACCCAAGGAUUCGCCCAUCAGACCAUCAGCACGGGUAGUCUGCCCAGCUUCACCUCCUUCAACACCGGUAGCCUGUUGCCUUCCGUGCACUCGAGCUACCCAACGAGCUACACCGCUAACUACCACCAGUCGCUCAGCUCCAUUCCCGUCAAGACCGUCGACCACCACGUGCAAGUGCAGGUGCCGCAGCCGUAUCCGGUCCCGGUAACCAAACACGUGUCCUACCCCGUGCCGUUCCCGCACGCCGUCGAGGUCCCAAAAGCGUACCACGUGCGCGUGCCGUACCCGGUCCAGGUGACGGUGGACCAACCGUACCCCGUGGAGGUCCCUCGCCCUGUACCCUACCCGGUGCCGCAGUACAUCCGCACGAGCCUGCCGCAGCCGCAGCUGCGUCUGCAGCAACAGCACCACGUGGUCGACACAGUGAAGGCCAACCCGAUCCAGAGCUUCUUCGAGAACACCGCCUCCACGUUCCAAGACACCAUCGGCAACCUGCCGAGCUUCACGAAUCCGUUCCAGAACUUCCCGAACCCACUGGAGAACUUCUCGAGCCUCUUCGAGAACUUCCAGAUACCAUCCAUACCGUCCCUGCCGUCCCUGCCGUCCUUCACGCCCUCCCAGUCGACCCAGGCGCCCUCAGCGCCCGUGGCUCCCGUGGUUCCCGUGGCUCCCGCGGCGCCCACUGCCUCCGGCUCCGAAUCGAACGGCGCCAGCUUGUCCUUGCCGACCGCCAAUGACGCUGUCACCAUCGAGAACCCGAUCAAGGAAUCCAUCAGAAAGCCCAUCAUCACGCCCAUCCAGCCGUACAGCGCAAAGUCGACGCAGAAGGAGUACGUGCAGCCGAUCGACGACAACGGCGGCUACGUCUAUUAGGGGAGACUUAGCACACCACGACCUGCGCGCCAUUGAACAACUCGUCUAGCGAAGAAACAAAGAAAGAUACGUUCGCCGAGAUCGGGGAUCGCCGCUCGCGCUUGCCUUGCCGCGUCGCCUUGACGCGAUCGUUUGUUCUUCGAGUAUCAGCUACCGAUCGAGGAGCUCUUUCGUCCUCGUUUGGGGUCCUUUAGGGCCCUCAGCUGCGCCCGAGAUUCGUAGAUUUCGCACAGUUGGGCCCGGCAUAUAUCAAGCACUUUCUUCAAGUUAGACCUUGUAGGGGGAGAAAGGAAAGAAGAAACAUGAAAUAACGGACUCUUUGAUUCUUACCACAUGAAAUGAUGAAAUGAAAUAACGGAGGACGUAAGAAGAAGAGGAAAACCAGACGGGUUGUCUCAAAGCGAGUCUCAAAACAAGUCGAGUCUGUACGUGUUUAUAAUUCAGCUGCAUGAUCUAAUUAGUCUACGUUUAACGCCCUUCUGGAAAUUUGUCUUUCACUCUAAGCAGCAAUGUUCCUCUCAACAAAAGUCCGCAUUUAGGCGCCGCAACUUGGCGCUUGAUCUUCACUCGACCGGGUUUUCCCGAAUAGAUCCACCUCGAUCUCGAGAAUAAACGAGAAAAGAACGGAUGACCUCCGACCGACCUCGCGCUCCGACCUCAGCACGCCGCGCUAGUCUCAUGCAAUUUCGCCGGAUCUCUAGAUUCGUCAAGGAUUUGACAAUCGCUCGUGUACCAACGAGUACACGCGAAUUUUCCCGAGAUUCACGAGGCAGCGAGCGGCCGAGAUGUGAACGAGAAUCGCGAGGCGAGACGGAUGGAGCUGAUUGUCGAAGCGACAGCUUAGAGCGUUAGAGAGCGACCUCGGAUCUCACGCGGCUCGAACGGCGAUGGGGACGUCUAGAAGGAACGUUAGGGAGGACUUUAAUGAUAGGAGAGUUAGAGAAUAUUUUUUGUACGUAAAUAAAGUUCUUUUAUUACAAACAUCA